AUGACAGUUGAGAAAUCUUCCAAUGACAAGGACAAUGUUGACGAGGUAAUAGAUGCAGAUAUAGCAGAUGUAACAGUAGAAAUGUCGACUAUAGAUAAAAAAGCAAAUGAUACAUCCGGAGGAAAUUUGGAUAUUGGAUAUGAAUCAUUUGAAUAA